AUGUCGUGCUACCUACAUCAGUGCCUCCCACCAGUCUACCAGGAACCCAUCCCCAUCAAGUGCCCGCCGAUGCAUACUGCCAGACCUCCACCGGUGCCUACCUGGCACUCGACGCUGUGCACCCCACAGUAUGUGACCCCUCGCAUCCCCCGGCAGCGGAUCAUGUCCUCCAGCUUCUCCCAACAGCAGUGUGUGACCCAGUGUGUGCCGCGGCAGCAGUGUGCAACCAAGGGUGUGCCGCAGCAGCAGCGUGUGACCCAGCGCAUCCUACAGCAGCCGUGUGUGACUCGGUGUGUGACAACCUGCGUGCCGCAGCAGCGGUGUGCGACCGAGGAUGUGUUGCAGCAGCCUUGUGUGACCAAGUGUGUGCCGCAGCAGCAGUGUGCGACCAAGAGCGUGUCGCAACAGUGUGCAACCAAGCGUGUGACCGCCUAUGCCCCCCAGCAGCAGUGUGCAACCAGGUGCAAGACCACGUGUGUGCCACAGCAGCCGUACCUGACCAAGGGCAUCCCACAGCAGCAGUGUGCGACCAAGUGCAUCCCCCAGCAGUGUGUGACCACGUACGCCCCGCAGCAGCAGCAGUGUGCAACCAGGUGUGUCACCACGUGUGUUCCACAGCAGCGUGCGACCAAGUGUGUCUCGCAUCAGUUUGUGACCUCUUGUGCCCCACAGCAGUGUGCCGCCAUGUACGUCCCGCAGCAACGUGUGACCAGGUGUGUGACCAAGUGUGUCCCGCAGCAGUGUGCCACUGAGUGUGCUGCCAUUUGUGUCCCACAGCAGUGUGCCACCAAGGGUGUCCCACAGCAGUGUGAGACAGCUUGUGUCCCACAGCCAUGUGCCACCAAGUGUGCCCCACAGCAGUGUGCCACCAAGGGUGUCCCACAGCAGUGUGUGACCAAGGGUGUCCCACAGCAGCAAAGUGCCACCAAGUGUGUCCCACAGCCGUGUGCCACCAAGUGUGUCCCACAGCAGCAGUGUGUGACCAAGGGUGUCCCACAGCAGCAGUGUGCCACCAAGUGUGCCCCACAGCAGCAGUGUGCCACCAAGUGUGUCCCACAGCAGUGUGUGACCAAGUGUGCCCCACAGCAGUGUGCGACCAAGUGUGCCCCACAGCAGCAGUGUGCCACCAAGUGUGUCCCACAGCAGUGUGUGACCAAGUAUGCCCCACAGCAGUGUGCCACCAAGUGUGUCCCACAGCAGUGUGCCACCAAGUGUGUCCCACAGCAGAGUGUGACCCAAUGCGUCCCGCAGCAAUGCCAGUCAGGUGGAGUAAAAAUUUCGAGCCACUCUAAAAAGUACUGCUCUGCAUCCAAAUGGCCCUGGUAA